AUGUUCAGAUACGUAAUUUUUUUUCUAAACACCACCGCCUGCGCUGUUGCCAAGCCUCACAUUCUAGCCGCCGCUCCUUUGGCUUAUGCUGCUCCUGCCGCUGUCGUUGCUGCCCCAGCACCGGUAGUGACCGCCACCAGUAGCCAAGUGAUCGCUCGCAACUACGAUGGUAUUGCAGCUGCUCCCGUCGUUGCUGCUGCUCCAGUCAUUGCCCGUUACGCUGCGCCUUUCGUCGCUCCAUUGAGCUCUGUUCACUACGCUGCCCCAGCACCGCUUUUAUGGUAA